AUGGGGUACGGAUCGCAGGCCAAGCCACGACGGGAGUGCUACCAGUCUUGGGGGCCGCAAGUGUACCUCCAUCGCGGCAACCUGAGCUUCGCUCAGGAGAACACCUAUGAGAGCGAGGUGACCGGAACGGCGGCGAACGGCGCGAACCCCGAGUUCGACAUCAUGGUGACGUCAGAUGACAUGGCCAUCAUCCAUCAUGAUGACAGUUUGGUGCGCAUGACCGGCGUGGACAAGCAAGUCGUGGAUACGCCCUGGAGCGAGAUUCAAAGCCUCACCGUAUUGGCAGAAAUCGAUGGCUACGACUAUGGCUCCACGACAUACUUGUCGAACUUGGAGACAGUGGUCACCGGCGCCUGCACCGCGAGUCCCACGGUUGCCAUGGACUUCGACGUGAAGUCGGAUGCCGCAGCCCCGAAGGCGGUGGAAGCGUUGCGGGCCUCGAGUUGCACUGCGAAGAUGGGCUCGAUCUUCGCCACCGGCCUGCCAACCACGGGGAGAAUGUUGGUGAAUGAGCUGCACAAGGCCGGCAUGGACAAUCACGUGUCCGUGUUUUUGCACCCAGGAAGUUACGCGCCUUUGGGCCUGUACUUCUUCCUCAAAACAGGGAUCUUCCAUGCCGCUGCAGGGGCAUCCAUGAUCAGCUUGCACAAGACGGUGUGGGACGUAGAGGAGGACUUGAUCGCAUCCUAUGCGGAGCUGGGAUAUUGCACCGGCAUCUACGGUAUCAAGCGCAGCGAGAUGAGUCAGUAUCCCAGUGCCUCCUACUAUAUCAUCGACGAGGGUCCCAGCUUCCCGGACACGCCCAAUGGCCAAUAUGGAGGGGAUGGGGGCACAGAGAUCGUGACCUAUGAUGGCGACCAGUCCGGCUUUAAUGGCCUUCUGGCACUGGCCAUAUGCAGCAUCCCGCUGUUUCUCUUGUCGCUCAUCUGCUGUUGCAUCUCCAUCCGCAGGUGUUGCAAAAAGACCACGGCGCCACAAUAA